AUGUCAUUCACUCACGGUGACUACACGGUCGCGUGGAUCUGCGCGUUGCCAUUGGAAAUGACAGCGGCCAAGAUGAUGUUAGACACGGUCCACCCUAUUCUGUCUCAGUCCAAAUCCGAUCACAACGCUUAUACACUUGGGAGCGUUUGUGGACACAAUGUAGUGGUAGCCUGCCUACCGUCAGGCGUUUACGGAACCACAUUUGCAGCUGUCGUGCUCGCUCACAUGCUGCCAACGUUUCCAUCUCUUCGUUUUGGGUUGAUGGUAGGCAUCGGAGGCGGCGUACCGAGCAAAGAUCCCGAUAUUCGGCUGGGCGACGUGGUUAUCAGCAUGCCAACCGCAACCUCCGGGGGCGUGAUCCAGUAUGACUAUGGGAAGACACUUCGGGAGGGAUAUUUCGAACGCACUGGAUCACUCAAUAAGCCACCGCACUAUUUGCUGACUGCCGUAUCUCAAAUGCGCAGUAAUAUUAUAAGCGGAAUCACUUUGAUUGAUAAGAGCGUAUCAGAUAUACUUCAGACCCACGCAAAUCUUCAAGAACAAUUUUCCCGCCCGGAUCACGACUGGCUGUUUCAGGCAAGCUACGAACAUGAAAGCAACAGUGCCGACUGCUCAGAGUGUGAUCCGGGCCAAAUAAUUGCGCGCACAACACGAGAAACGAAUGAAACCAUCAUUCAUUAUGGUCUGAUUGCGUCUGGGAACCAAGUCAUGAAAAGUGCUACAACGCGAGACGCUGUUGCCCGAGAGCUGAACAUCCUUUGCUUUGAAAUGGAAGCAGCCGGGCUAAUGGAUCAGUUGCCAUGUCUGGUCAUUAGAGGAGUUUGUGACUACUGCGACUCGCAUAAACAUAAACAAUGGCAGGGAUACGCUGCUCUUACUGCCGCUACUUAUUCCAGAGCUCUUCUGGGAGUAGUGCCUCUGUAUCCCCAUAGACAGAGCAGUGAAGGGAAAGAUACGCGCCACUGGAUGAUACCCUUUGCUCGAAAUCCUCGAUUUGUUGGCCGCCAACAAGAGAUCAGUGAUCUUGAAAACUUGAUUUUCAACACACCAGGCCCCACCAAAGUUGCUAUUCAUGGACUGGGAGGGAUUGGGAAGACACAGACUGCAUUGGAGCUGGCCUAUCGCAUACGAGAAAAGGUCCCUGAAUGCUCCAUAUUCUGGAUUCCAUGUACCAGCUACGAGAGUCUGGAACAGACUUACUUGAACAUUGCCACAGCCCUUGGCAUAUCAAACACAGAGCCAGUACACGCAAAAGAACAAGUCAAAGCCCAUCUCAGUCAACACAACGCUGGAAAGUGGCUCCUUAUUUUUGAUAACGCCGAUGAUACGGAAAUGUGGACCAAGGGGAGCGCCACUGCGCCACCGCUCAAGACUAUUCUCCCUCGCAGUGAGAAUGGACACGUUCUCUUUACCUCUCGCAACCGAAAACUAGCAGUCAAAAUGGCAGCAUCUAAUGUUUUACCUGUUCCCAAUGUGGAUCAAAGCACUGCUACACAAAUACUCACAAAAUUGAUCAUUCAAAAGGGUCUGCUACAUGAUGACUGUGCAACUACUGCUCUCCUUGAGCAACUUGGAUUCCUCCCCCUUGCAAUCAGUCAAGCUGCCGCUUACAUCAAUGAAAACAAUAUCUCGUUAUCUGAUUAUCUGUCGCUAUUCAAAGAACACGAGACAAGCGCAGCUGAACUUUUGAGUGAGGAGUUUGAGGAUGAUGGGCGAUAUGCCGAAACCCAAAAUCCCGUGAUUACCACUUGGCUGGUCUCUUUUCAACAGAUCCAGCAAUUAGAUGACCUGGCAGCAGACUAUCUAUCAUUCAUAGCUUGCCUCAACCCACGAGAUGUACCACAGUCGAUCCUUCCGUCCGCACCUUCGGCAAAGAGAAAAGUGGAUGCAUUAGGUCUUUUAAGCGCAUAUUCCUUUAUUAGUGAACACGCCUGUAACAGCCCAUUCAGUCUUCAUCGACUGGUGCAUCUGGCCACGCGGAAUUGGAUGAGGAAAACUAAGGUUAUUGGUCGUUGGGUACGCAGGGCGGCACAGCAGUUCAAUGAUCUGUUCCCCGAUAAUGACCACAAAAAUCGAGGAUUAUGGAGAGAAUACCUGCCUCAUGCGCUGUAUUUGACAAACAGUGACGGGUUCCGUCAGAUUUACUCCGAGUAUGUUGGAUUUACUUCAAGGCUAGGAACAUCACUACUGAGUGAUGGGAGAUAUGACGAGGCCAAAACUCUGUUUCUUGAAAACCUGGAAGUCCGCGAGCAAGCUCUAGGGCCGGAGCAUCCUGAUACUCUCGAGAGUGUUAGCCAUCUUGGUUUGGUGCUUGAAGAGCUGGGCAGGUACAAAGAGGCCAAACUCAUGCACCGGCGAGUACUAGAAGGCUAUGAGAAAGCCCUAGGGCCAGAACAUCCUCACACUCUCGCAAGUGUUAGCCAUCUUGGUUCAGUGCUUCAACAACAGGGGAAAUACGGAGAGUCCGAAGCCAUGCAUCGGCGAUGUCUAAAAGGAUUAGAGAGAGCUUUAGGGCCAGAGCAUCCUCACACUCUCACUAGUAUUAGCCGUCUUGGGUUUGUACUUUAUCGACAGGGCAAGCAUAAAGAGUCCGAAGCUAUGCACUGGCGAGCACUAGAAGGCUAUGAGAAAGCCCUAGGGCCAGAACAUCCUUAUACUCUCGCUAGUGCUAGCCAUCUUGGUUUAGUGCUGGAAGGACAGGGCAAGUACGAAGAGUCCGAAGCCAUGCAUCGGCGAGAUCUACGAGGAGCAGAGAGAGCUUUAGGGCCAGAGCAUCCUCACACUCUCACUAGUAUUAGCCAUCUUAGUUCAGUGCUUUAUCGACAGGGCAAGUAUAAAGAGUCCGAAGCUAUGCACUGGCGAGCACUAGAAGGCUAUGAGAAAGCUCUAGGAUCAGAACAUCCCUAUACCCUUACUAGUAUUAGCCUUCUUGGUUCAAUGCUUGAAGGACAGGGUAAGUAUGAGGAGUCUGAAGCUAUGCAUCGGCGAGCACUAGAAGGGAGAAAGAGAACUCUAGGACCAAAGCAUCCUGACACCCUUACUAGUAUCAGCUGUCUCUGUUCAGUGCUUGAACUACAGGGCAAGUACGAAGAGUCUAAAGCUACGCACCGGCGAGCACGGGCAGAGAGAAAGCUCUAG